CGCCUUGGCAUAGUAGAAGGUGCAUGAUCUCGAAUCUCUUGGACUUUGAAAAGCAUCGUUAAAGGAAAAUCACUCUAUAUAAGGCCUCAAGAUCAACCCCUCUACCCAAACGCAGGUCGUUGUUUUUACUAGAUCUUUGAGAGAUAAAUCAAGAUAACAACAAUGGUGGUGAAGGUGUAUGGCCCAGAUUUUGCUUCUGCAAAGCGCGUGCUUGUUUGCCUCAUUGAGAAGGAGGUCGAAUUCGAGACUGUCCCCAUUGAUAUCAUCAAAGGACAGAAUAAGGAUCCUGAAUUCCUGAAGUUGCAGCCUUUUGGAGUUGUUCCUGUCAUUCAAGAUGGAGACUAUACCUUAUUUGAAUCUCGUGCAAUCAUGAGGUACUAUGCUGAGAAGUACAAGUCUCAAGGAACUGAUUUACUGGGGAAGACAAUAGAGGAGAGGGGAGUGGUGGAACAAUGGCUGGAGGUUGAAGCACAAAGUUACCACCCAGCAAUUGACAAUUUAGUCAUUGAAAUUCUGUUUGGCCGCAAACGGGGUAUUCCCCCGGAUGCGAAAGUAAUCGAAGAGAAUGAAAAGAAGCUUGCAAAGGUGUUGGACAUCUAUGAAGAGAGGCUGUCCAAGAGCAAGUACCUGGCUGGGGAUUUCUUUAGCCUUGCUGAUCUUAGCCACCUUCCAUUCACAAAGUACUUGGCUGAUAUGGGGAAGAUGUAUUUGAUUGAGGAGAGGAAACACGUGAAGGCAUGGUGGGAUGAUAUCAGUAAUAGACCAUCCUGGAAGAAGGUCUUCAGCUCUAGAUGGCCCCUCUUGGAGUGAUUCAAUUCCCUUGUAGACUAGGAAAAUCAUGGAUUAAUAAUAUCCUUCACUGGAUUAGGUAUAUCUCUUAGAACAAUGUCCUCUAUGUUUUGGCUGAUGUAAUUUCCUGUCUUGGUUAUGUAUCUUAGAAUAAUGUCCUGUGUGUUCUGUCCGAUGUAUUUUCCUGUCUGUCUUAGUAUAUGAUUAUCUUUAUGAGCAGUUGAGUUCUACAAUAAAAUAAACACACUCUUAGUAAAUAAA